AGCGGGCACCCCCCCGCCCCCGCCGCUGCAUGACUCCGCCACCUCGGCGGCGCCCGGCCCCCCCUCGAAGCCCUUGUGGGGGCGCGGCCGGCGGAGGAGUCGUGACGGGGCACUUGCGCUCAGGGUUAUGAAUGAGUAUGAGUACAUCUACAUGAAAAAGAGGAAGGAGUUCGGCCGGUACUGCCAGUUUGAGGAUGUGGAUGCGCAGGUACACGCGCAGAUUGACAGCAACCCUGCUAGUGGCAAUCUGUACAUCGAGAGGACGAUUAUUAAUGCCGUGCUUGACAAUAUCCCUGAGCUGUCAGAACAUUCUGUCAAUACUGCUCGGGUGCAGAUGCAGAAUCAGAUCAUGCUGCACGUAGAGGGUGGUUGGCCCAAGGAGGUAGAUUACUUGGAGGCUCAGGACACGCUCAAAUUCAAAAAGCGCUUGGAAAAAAACCCUUCGUACAUUCAGUCCGUCAGGGAUUUGACGAAAAGGGCAACGGAGUGUCUCGAGCAGAACAAUACGAUUGAUUUGUUCGAGGUCUAUUUCGAGUCACAGGAGCCAGAGCACCAGCCGGAGGCCGUCACAAUGAAGACCACCGCGCUGUUCAAGGAUCCUGCCGAAGAGCCCAGGAAUAUCACAAAGAUCUGUUGGAACCCAGAGGGGCCAUCGAAGUUUAUCGGCUCGUACUCGAUACUCAAGUUCCAGCGAAUGACAGACGAUAUGGCUAUGGCAUCUUUUGUUUGGGACGUCAACGAGCGCAACGUUCCCUUAACGGAGCUCCGGACAACUUCCCCGUUGGUGUGCACCCAGUAUAACAGCAAGCAGCCCGAUCUCGUCGUCGGCGGCUGCUACAACGCAUCGCUCUAUGGUUUGCUCCACUACUACGACUUGAGAAAGGGCCCUGUACCAGUGGCGAAGUCAGCAGUGGAGGCGACACACUAUGAUCCCAUCUACGACGUAGUUUGGCUCCAGAGCAAAACGGGCUCAGACUGCGCGUCUGUAUCAUCGGAUGGCCGGCUGCUCUUUUGGGACGUGCGGAAUCUGAGUGUCACCUCAGACGAGUGCGUGCUUACAGACGGGGACAAGGAGGAUCCGAAGUCUUCUGGGGGCGUCUCUCUGGAGUGGAUGCAGGAGGCGGGCCCGUCCAAGUUUCUGGUCGGCACUGAGCAGGGCACCGUGAUAUCGUGCAGCAAGAAGCCCAAGAAGAAUGUGGAGGUCUCCCUGUGGUAUGGCCACGAGGAGAAGGGGGGCUACGGCAAGCAUUUUGGCCCGAUCUAUUCGGUCAAGCGGAACCCGUUUCACGUGAAGUAUUUCAUGACCGUUGGUGAUUGGUGCGCCAAGCUCUGGAUGGAGGAGCUGAAGGGGCCCAUGCUCCAGACGCCGUACCACGACGCCUACCUAAGUGCAGCCUCGUGGAGUCCAACCAGACCAGGUGUUUUUUUCCUCUGCCGUCAAGAUGGGUGGCUCGACGCGUGGGACUACUAUUACAGAAUGAACGAGGUCUCGUUGUCGCACAAGGUCUCCGAAAGCCAGCUCACUUCGAUGAGGACGUGCAGAGCGGGGGUGCGCUGGUGGCCGUGGGGGACGCCGCGGGCACCAUCACGUUGCUGGAGCUCUGCCCUGGCCUCGUCAACCAGAUGCCGAACGAGAAGAACAUCAUCGGCCAGCUGCUGGAGCGCGAGACGAAGAGGAGGAGAAAAACUUGGAGACCAUCAAGAAGCAGGGCGCCGUGAUGAAGAAGGCCAUCACGGACAAGGGGGGCCAUGGCAGCAUGACCAUGGACAAGGGCGUGUACGAGACGCGCGAAAAGAAUUUCUUCGCCGAGGCGGCACGGCGAGGACCUGGGCACCAAGCUCGCCGGGGCGAGGCACGCGGGCUCCAGCAAGUGAGGGCGGCGGCACCCUCGCAGUGCGCACGUGGGCCCGCGCCGCUCGCCCGCAGAGCGGGCGCGCGCGGAUUGGCUUUCCCGACUCUCCCCCUUCGCCUCCGGUCCUCCCCCCUUUCCUCGGUCGGCCGGUCAGGGGAUGCCACUGAGGCCCGCGGCCAGUCCCAAAGGUGGGACGAGGAGAAGAAAGGAGAGAAGCACGCAGAAGCGAACUUAUCCUCCUGGACGCGCCGCGGCUGCUGCAGGAAGCGCGGCAACGCGUGAGAGCAAAA